AUGGCUGAACCGAUUGGAAUGACGGCUGGCGUGCUGGCCCUGGCGACAUUCGCUUUCCAGAGUUGUAAAACACUCCAUGACGCAGUCGACAGCUACCAGAACCACCGUUUCACAAUCGUGGAAUUGCAAGGGGAGCUAUGCGCUCUCACUAAUUUGCUCCAAAGUAUCCACGAGCAAGCCAAACCGUCCGAGCAGACGCCGAGAUUUGAGCACCUUUGUGAUCCGCUCAAUGGAUGCGCAAGAGCAUGUCGUGAUCUGCAAUUGAUGUUGGAAGAUUGCACAGCCCCUUCAAAUGGUGGUCGAGACAAUUUCAAAGCAUGGCUGAACAUGCAAUUUAAAGGGAAGAAGGUCGUGGAAUAUAAGCAGCGUAUCGCUGGUUACAAGAUUACCCUCAGCCUGGCCCUUGAUACAAUUCAUACGCGAGAGAACACUGUAACACAAGAGCACCUGACAACGCUCACACAGUCGAUUGAAGCCACCCAUCAAGAGCUGGAGGGCCAAAUAUAUGACCUCGGCGAAGCCAUUAAGAGUUCCGACGAAUCGAUCCGAGACGCCCUGAAAGCCGAGCAAAAAAUACUCCAAGGCUGUCUCAAAUGCCUCGAACAAGCCAAAAGAACAGCAGGUGACGCUCCGUCCAUCAUCAACGUAGAGCGCAAUACUGUAGGUAAAAAUGCUGAAACCCUCCUCGGCACCGACGAAAAAUACAAGAAAUUUAAUUUAAAUUUCUCCGACAACAUGCUUGGAGAAGGGGCAAGAGCGGCAGCCGGCUGGUACGACAAAGAAGUGCUCUUGGAGUUCCUGCGGAGUUCUCGAGCACCGGAUGUGGCGCGAGAUUUCCAAGCGAUGCGUGCCCAGUCUUCUGCUGCGGAGAGUGCUUUCGUCCAAGCUUGGCUGAGCACUCAGCGGGGGGAAGGACUACCAGGGUCGACUGGGUCAUUCUGGUUGGAGAGCAAUCAAGUGGAAUCCGCGCCUGAUUUCACUGGCCUGCCUGCCGUAGGAUCCGUAGCGGAAGAUGCAAACCAUGUACCGAUUUCCCUUGAUCGUCCCUCUACAUGA